AUGGCACUAGCAGAAGAACCUGCAACACAGGAAAAACUCUACGAAGAAAUGGUGUCAGUACUAGGCGAACCACAGUCCCCUACAUUUCAGGUUCUAAAAUAUAUGCCCCUCCUUGACAGAUGUGUUAAAGAAAGUUUGCGACUCUAUCCAAGUGUGACGUUGAUGGGAAGAGUAGCAGUUGAAGAAAUACACACAAAAACAGGUUACAUAAUUCCAAAGGGCUAUUUUAUUCAUACAAUGAUACACGAUUUACACAGAAGACCCGAACUUUACGAAGAUCCCGACAAGUUUAAUCCAGAUAGGAUUCUUUAUGAGAAUUAUAAGUUGUUAUAA